UUUCCGCGCCACCUCCCCAGUCAUACCACGAGCCGUGUCGUGUCGAGCCUUCGCAUGCGCCUCGUUCUUGCCAAGAAAAAAAAAACCAUCAUCAGCCAUAUUGGUGUGUUGUAUCGCUGCCCUCAGUAAUUUCGGAAGAUCAGCAAAAGGAGAUAGUGCAUCAUGACUGACUCCAUGAAAUUCGGUCCAGAAUGGUUGCGCAAGGUUGCGUCAGGAGACAGUUGCAAUACUGGUAGUGGUGGCGGGGGGACCACAACUCUGAGUGUACCUCGCUAUCAAUUAGCAGAGCAUAGAUACGGCCGGGAAGAGAUGCUGGCUCUGUUUGAUCGCAAUUGCAAACCUUCGGAGCCACUGACAACCUUCCCGACGCUGUACGUGGAGAAAACUCAGCUUCCGUUGGCUCUCACAACCAUGACAGACGAUGAAACGCGUAUGUGGAAUGGAGGGAUAACUAAUAUUGGCGGUGGCCGUGGAAGAGGUAGCAGUGUGGAUCGUGGACGUGGUAGAACUGGAAGAGGAGGCUUGUAUUCGUCCCAUUAUUCACGCGGAGUUGGUUUCGAUGACUCUAGUGAUGGGAUACGAAUCGAGGGUCAAUCAUUUCAAGGAAGAAAUAGGCCAUUUGAUAGAUCUCAAAGCGAACGCGGCUGGUCAGAGAGAAACGGCGCUUCAGAUCCGGGAGAAUGGAACGGGUCGACCAGUCCUAGAAAGGAUCUAAAUCGCGGGACUAGUAAUAGCUCGCUUAUGGAGAGUAAUUGGCGACGUCAUCGUACAAGCGGAGAGGACGAUGACAGUUGGCGCAAGUGGGGAGGAAGAAAUAGUUGGCGCGAGGGUGGCAGUAUGGAUCGGGACAGAUUGGAUCGAAACGAGGGUGAUGGAGAGGAGGGUAGAAGCGGACCGGGAAGAUGGGAACAUCGGGGAAAUCACAGACCUUCUCAUGACUCUGGCCAUCAUCCACCACCCCGCACCGCUCGCACUUGGGAAUCGAAUCAUCACGAUAAUCAUGACAAUCUACCUGAAUGGGCUACGGAAAAUCCUACCGAGAGUGGCGGUAGUUUUGACUCUUCAGGCGCAUUUCACGGUGGAUUGUAUUCGGAUGAUGACGAGGACGGUGCGGCCGGUGCUUCCCAGCAGGGUAGAACUCGACGCGUGUCGGAAGGAAGUGCUUCGAACCUAGUGAGACCCAAUAGCAAGCCACUAGCUUUCGGAACGGGUUCUGUCCAGUCCCUGAAUCGCCAUACGAGUAAUACAAUAGCCAAUACAUUAAGCAAGGAGCGACCAAAGCCGUUGGAUUCGCUCGAGGACAAGGACGACACUAUAGAGAAAGAGAGAAGGUGUAGCUCACCCUCUAUUAAGUCGGCCACCGUCGUGCCGUCGACCGAGAGCAGCAUUCCCACGAAGACUUUAGCGCCAUCCACAGAUCUCUUGCAGAAGAAGACUGCAAGUCUGCAAAUCGGAUCCGCAAGUAUGGAUAAGGUUGAGACUUUAGGUCUAGAGAAAUCCAGCGAGCCACCCAGCGGAGCGCACAACAAGAAGGAGAACGUUCAGACGGAGGUCAAAUCGGAGCCGCAGAUAACUGCCGGUCGGCAAGUUCCUGCGGAGCAUCCGAAGCAUCUCGUGCAUAACACGGGAACCGCCAACGUCAGGCAGAGAACGGACGAUGAUCUCGAUAGAAUGAAGGAGGAGGCCGACGCUCUGGUGGCCAAAUUAAUGGCGGACGAGGAAAAUCACAAGGAGAAGACGGCCGCGACCAGUGUCCCGCCGGCAAUUGGUAACCAACCUACCGCGGUUUCCUCCGCGACGGGUAGUCCGGAAAAAUGGUUUUACCGUGAUCCGCAGGGCGAAGUUCAGGGACCGUUUUUAGCUAGCGAAAUGGCCGAAUGGUAUAAAGCCGGCUAUUUUACUACGGGACUGUUAGUGAGAAGAACUUGCGACGAGAGGUACGCCACGCUCGGUGAUUUGAUCAAAAUGUUUGGAAGAAUACCGUUCACCCCUGGUCCACCGAUACCUCCGUUAAAGCAAUUAACGGAACAGGUGAUUCCACCCGUUCCCAACACCGUGCCGGCCGGACUAGCCCCCGGCGUUAUGCCGAAGGCCGGACUGGAGGAUCCGUUACUGUUGAUGACAUAUCAGCACAUGCAGAUGCUGCACAAUCAGAUGCUGUUCAGGCAGAUGAGAACGUCAGCGAUAGCGAAAUUGUCGCAAUCGGAGCACUGGUCUACGCUAACUCCCGUGGAGCAGAAUCAGUUGAUUCUACAAUACGUCAUACAAGACGGAAUGCAGGAAAUUCCGGAAGUGCCGAUAGCGACAAGUCCAUUUGUGCCUCACCUAGCCGCGUCCCAGGCGACUAAUCCUGUUAUGCAACUUUUCACUCAAAUGCAACAGGGGAAGACGCAACCUGAGACCCACUUGCCGACGAAUCCGCACACGACGGCGCCGGUCCAUCCGGCUACGGUGGAUCCUAUACAGCAACUUAUCCAACAGAUGGGCGGUCUGCAGAACGUGCCAACGAUGCCGCAGCAGCCGAAUAUCGCUCCGACUCCCACGCCGGCGCAAGAAGACAAUCCAAUAAAGUCUCUGCUACGUCAACUCAACGUCAACACAAACGGUCAUCCACAGGCAGCAACUCAUAUGGACACCGUUUGGCCGCAGCCCCCGCCGCAAAUGGUUCCCCCUCAGUUCAAUGCGCAGAAUUGGUUAGCGCAGGUUGGACCCAUUCCCGCGAUGCCACCGGGACAAUUACCCGGUUCUCCAUGGGAUUUACAUGCUAAAGAUAUGAAGACCGAACAGCAGAUAUUGGAAGAACAGAAUCUUAAGUUACAAGAGGAUCGGAAAAAGGAAGAGUUAAGGAAGCAGGAACAAUUGCAGCGUCAAGUGGAAGAGGAGAAUGCGAAGAGAAAGCAAAAGGAGGAACAAGUCAGACAAGCUGAAGAGGCGAAACGCAAGGAUGAGGAGAGAAAGAGAAAGGAAGAGGAGAAGAAGCGGAAAGAAGAGGAGAAACGCAAGCAGGAGGAGGAGCAAAAGAAGAAAGAGGAGAAAAGACGUAAGGAAGAGGAGAAGAAGCGUGAGGAGAAGAGGAAGCUGGAGGAGGAAAAUUUGAAGAGGAAGCAGGAGGAGGAGAAGAGAAAGCGAGAGGAGUUUAAGAAGCAAGAAGAGAAAUUGAAGAGGGAAGAGGAGAAGAGGAAGAAAUUAGAAGAAGAACAAAAAAGGCAGGAGGAAGAGAGACUCAGGAAAGAGGUGGAGGCGCGGCGACAGGCGGAGAUAGAAGAACAGGCGCGUCGCGCGGAGCAACGGCGAAGGGAAGCCGAGGCGUUGCGUAAGCUUCAAGAAAGAAACAAAUCGCCGUGGGCUCAGGCUCCGCGUACACUGGCGCCCGCCACUCACACCGCGUCGCUUGCUGAGAUUCAGAGACUCGAGCGAGAAAAGAAAGCGGAGGAACAACGGCUUCAGCAAUUGAUGCAGCAACAGUUGGCGCAGCAAAAGGCGGUAGAAGCGGCGCAAGAAGCAUCGGCAGUCGACUCUUCAAAGCGAUUGCAGUUCAAGUGGGCGGAGAAGGCUAUUGCUUCCAGUAAACCUCUCCAAGUGAAGAGUCUCGCGCAGAUUCAGCAGGAGGAGCAGGAGCGCGUCAAGGUAAAGCAACAGGAAAGGGAACGGUUGGAGAAGGCCGGCCAGAAGGAAGCCGCGAAUAUGCUGCAGAACGCCGGAAUAUGGGGUACGGCGUCGCAGUGCUUGAAUUGGACCAAUUCGAGCGCGUCGGGCAGUCAAGUGUGGUCCAUGAAUUCCGGUACCACCGGUUUCUGGGAUCCCACGCCUGUCAAAUCGUCCACCACUACCACCACCACUACGAAGCAGCCGGCUAAGCAAACCGCAGUUGCAAAACCUGCCUCCAAUCAGCAGCAGCAGCAACAGCAGCAGCAGCAAAAUAAUAAUAACAAAGCGUCCAAAAGUAAGAAUAAGAGGGAGGAGGAACUAGUGAAGAAAUUGUUUGAACAGAACACUGCCAAGACCGACGAAUUCACUCAAUGGUGUAUGAAAGCAUUGAGCAGUUUACAGGCGUCUGUGGACAUCCCUACAUUCGUUGGAUUCUUGCGAGACAUCGAAUCGGCGUACGAAGUUAAGGAGUACGUUCGCGUCUACCUUGGGGACACCAAGCAGAGCACGGAAUUCGCCAAGCAGUUCCUCGAAAAGCGAAGCAAAUGGCGAUCGGCGCAACGUCCUCAGGCACAAGCGGACGACCUGUGCAAGCCAGCACCCGCUGUUAAUCCAAAUGCUCCUGCAGAAUUUCAAGAAGUUAAGGGAAAAUCCAAGAAACCAAAGAAGGGAAAGAUGUUCAAAGUGGAUAACAGGAUCCUUGGCUUCAGUGUAACUGCUGCUCCCGAUCGUAUUAACGUAGGUGAUCGCGAUUACGGCGAAGGCGUUUGAGCUGUUUGCCGUCACCGAUUUACCUUGUAGAAAUGAUGCGACGCUGGUUUCAUUAAAACGGUUCGUUAUUUAUUUAUUGUACAUGCCAAACCGGUGCUGAGAGACCCACCGUGGGUACCUCAUGAUAAAGCAUAUGGAAGACUUUUUACAAUCCAACACACAAAGAAAAGAGCUCACAUCCUUUUCAAAGUUGAUCGUCGAUGGCGGUCUUUAUUUAGGACCGGCUGAGCGUGGCGUUAUUUUCUUACAUUACACACACACACACACACACACAAACACACACACGCAUACACACAAAAGCUCCAUUGUACAUAUUACUCAAAGAAUAUCUCACAUGAAAGAGGACGGACUUACUUUUUCCUAAUGUACACGAUAAUUAGAGUUGGAAACUUUUAUAACAUUUCAUCUCGCUAUCGUCACUUAUACAUAAAAAAAAAACAAAGAGAGAAAAGUAUGCCGACCGAUAAUAAAUGUGCAUGCGGAUAUGUGGCAGUCAAUAGCAAUAUGUGUAUGUAAAGGUGUUCAAUGAAAAAGGAAGUAACAUUUAUAGAACGUGCUUGAGAUCGCGAAAAUCAUCAUCUUCUACGGUACUGAAUAUACGGCGCGUCAGUAUUUAUCCUUAUUGAAUCCUAUGGAUUUUCGCUUUAUCACAAAUAGACGUCAAGAAAAAAA